CGUACAAUGAACAUUGCAAACUGUCAUUAAUACUAUACGAUGGAUUCACAGCGCAAAAUCGCAGUGUAGCAGACAGUUGUGUGACGGGAGGACUGAAAGAUGUUUCGUUCUAUCAUGUUUUCUCCCUAUAUUAAUCAGGGCUUAGCAUCCCUGAUACGCAAGAACAUUGCCUUAUCAGGAUGCCCUGGGUCUUUAGUUUCUCAGGCUAAAUACAUGUCAACAGAAGUAUCAAAAACAGAAAAUAAAGUUUCUCUACCAAAGAAGGUUCAAAAGAAGCCUUAUAGCCCUUUUCAAAAUACCAACAAUUUAGCUGAAUUUGUAGUAGCACGAUUGGAUGAUGUUUUAAAUUGGGGUCGUAAAGGAUCAGUAUGGCCACUUACAUUUGGUUUAGCAUGUUGUGCAGUUGAAAUGAUGCACAUAGCUGCUCCAAGAUAUGAUAUGGAUAGGUAUGGAGUUGUAUUUAGAGCUUCUCCAAGGCAAGCUGACGUUAUCAUAGUUGCUGGUACUCUAACAAAUAAAAUGGCUCCAGCAUUGAGAAGAAUAUAUGACCAAAUGCCUGAACCUCGAUGGGUCAUAUCAAUGGGAAGCUGUGCUAAUGGUGGAGGUUAUUACCAUUAUAGUUAUUCUGUUGUUAGAGGAUGUGACAGGAUUCUGCCUGUGGAUAUAUAUGUGCCAGGAUGUCCCCCCACAGCAGAAGCUUUGAUGUAUGGAAUCCUUCAAUUGCAGAAAAAAAUUAAACAUAUGCGCACUGUCCAAUUAUGGUAUAGAAAGUAAUGUAAAUAUUCUUAG